UUCUCUCUAUUAGUCUAUGACAGUAUGGCUGUCGAUUGAGCGUAGGAUUGUAGUGUUUUCUGGUAAAUAAAUUAGUAAAAAUCAAUUAAAUUCAAUGUAAGCUAACUGUAAAUAGUGAUACUUUUUACUUCUAAGUAUGGAAUCAUCGGACUGACAAAUAUAUGCCGUUUGGAGCAUUCCUCAAUAUUGAGCGCCCCAGACGUGACCCAGGGUCGUGCGAGCACUGACCGCCUGGUCUGCUGAGCAGCCGCUGCGAUGGCGCAGGUCGGAGCCAACAUGGAGUACCAGGAGUACAAAUGGGCGUACUCAAUUAUGGACUCUUCCAAGGUGUCUGCUUGCCUGAUCUCAAUGCUGCUCAUUGUCUACGGCAGCUUCCGCUCCCUCAACAUGGAGAGAGAGGCGCGCGAGCGAGCCGAGAAGGAGCGAGAGGCCUCGCUGCUCGGAGGCAAGCCCACUACCACGUCAUCCUCGAAUAACAACAUCCAAACCCUGAACACGAUGCAAGCGCUGUGCUUCCCGCUGGGCUCGUCGGUGGCGCUGCUCAUCAUGUUCUUCUUCUUCGACUCCAUGCAGACGCUCGUCGCUAUAUGCACAGCCAUAAUCGCGUGCGCGGCGCUGGCGUUCCUUCUAACGCCUCUGUGCCAGUACGUGGCCGGUAGCGCAGGGUUCGGCGCACGCGGCGCCGUCUGCGGCCGCUACUCGGCGCCGGAGCUGGCCGCCGCGCUGUUGGCCGCCGCCAUCGUAGCGGUCUGGGUGCUCACCGGCCACUGGCUGCUCAUGGACGCGAUGGGCAUGGGGCUGUGCGUGACGUUCAUCGCGCUGAUCCGGCUGCCGUCGCUGAAGGUGUCGACGCUGCUGCUGACGGGGCUGCUGCUGUACGACGUGUUCUGGGUGUUCUGCUCCUCCUACAUCUUCACCACCAACGUCAUGGUCAAGGUGGCCACCAGGCCUGCGGAGAACCCUAUGAACGUAGUGGCGCGCCGCCUUCAACUGGGUGGAGCGAUGCGGGACGCGCCCAAGCUGUCGCUGCCCGCCAAGCUCGUGUUCCCGUCCAUGCACCACCAGGGACACUUCUCCAUGCUCGGGCUGGGCGACAUCGUGAUGCCGGGGCUGCUGCUGUGCUUCGUGCUGCGCUACGACGCCUACAAGAAGGCCACGCUCGUCUGCCAGAUGGGGCAGGUGCCCGGCCCGCGCUCCAUGGGCUCGCGGCUGACGUACUUCCACUGCUCGCUGCUGGGCUACUUCCUGGGGCUGCUGACGGCCACGGUGUCGGCCGAGGUGUUCAAGGCGGCGCAGCCCGCGCUGCUCUACCUCGUGCCCUUCACGCUGCUGCCGCUGCUCACCAUGGCCUACGUCAAGGGUGACCUAAGAAGAAUGUGGAGCGAGCCGUUCAUAGCGCCGCCCAACGGCAAGCCCGGCGCCGAGUUCGACGUGUGACUGCCCUCCGGCACGCCCACCGCACGACUGCGCAGGCUAAACUGAACCCUACGCGCAUUGGAGAACGUUCAUUUUGCAAGCUCGACUCGCUCUCGCGAGGUAUGGAUACGGUUGAUAAUAAUAAUUAUUUCUCGACUACGCCACUUAUAGCUGCGACUGUUAAACCUUUAUAGGCACUGGCUCUGUUAGCAACAUGGUAUUGAACCUUAUCGCCUUACCUUAAAGUCGAAUAGCAAAAAUGCUCUGCCGUGCUCUUUAAAGGAUUAAUACCCGCAUGUCGAUAUCGAAGUAGGUUUUCCAACGCCGUGUCCGCAAAGAAAACCUAAAUGUGGUUAACAUAAAUGCAUAUAAAAAGUUCAUUUAUAAUGUUACGAAAACUUGGCAUGGCCAAGAUAUUGCAAUAUUUAACUUUAUGUGAUCCCUAAUGCAUGUUAUUACUUUAGACUUUUUUGGCAAAGGCUUAUUCGAUAAGAGUUGGCUCAAGCGGAAAGUACAAGAUUAUUGACAUUGUAUCUGCGCCAUUGUCAUCGCUAUAAAAUGGCUUCUAUUUCUUGUUAUAUUACAAAAUGUUUACACUCAACUUAUUAACUUUAGCAGACUAUUUAUGUAUCCCCACCGCCUUAAAAAUCAUUUUCGCAUCUCACACGUAUUUUCAAUGAUAUUAUUCAAAGGAAAACCUUCUGCUGUACUUAUAUUUUCAGUCAAAUCAAUCAAAACAAUUAACAUUUAAUUUAAAUACGUAAAUACCUAUGUGUGCAUGGCAAAUAGAAACUGUUUUGUAAACAUGUUUAUAUUAUUGUAUUUAUAUUUGUUAAAUGAGUCUAUUGUAAGUUGUGCAGCAAGUUUAUUAUAAAACUUACGGCAAAUAUUAUGUUGACCUUCGCAUGCAGUUAAAGUCAAGUUGAGAAUGUACUGUUUUCAUAUUUGAAGUUAAAUUGUUUCUUAGUUCGAUCCUGUGCAUUCUAAUGGUAGUUAAGGCCACGAUGAGCGAGUCUGUGCUCUCCUCGCACGAGAAUUGAUACGUUCUACUCUAAGACGUAAGUGUAUGUUUAGGUUAGUUGAUACGCUUUUGUUUCUAUAAGAGCAAUUCUAUCAGACAGAAAGUUACAUCACAGGGUAACUUUAAGAACUCUAUUAGCUAAGUAACAGGACCACUGCACAGAACUCGCGCCCACUUUAGCCACAAGUCACAAAGACGUGUCUCUUAUGUAUUUUAAAAGAUUUAUAAACACCAAAUGAUGUUUAUCUGAUCCAAUAUCAGGGACUUGUGGUGUAAUUGGACCUUAAACUCUAGUAUAAUCUACGACAGUGAUAUUGUAGCUAUCGUAUAAAUACUCAUUUUGUAGCAUUUUCGUAUCUUGUCCAUUUUGUACUAUUUCUUUGUUUUGUGUGAAGUUGAAAUAUGUUUUGAAUUGAACAACCGUAAUUGAAAACUCAAAUAGUGCCAAAUGUGGUACGAAACUAAUAAUAAUAAUAUUGGCGUUCAAAAUAUCAAAAUAUAUUUCAGCAUUCAGUCCUUUGGUGUGCCUACGAGGUUACGACUUCAUCUCGUAGGAAGCUUACAUGAGUCUCCCUAGAGCAAAUGAACAAUUGCAAAUUAUGAUGUAGGUUAGAUCUUUCUAUGAAUCUCAUUUGCGUGUAAAACGAAUAUUUGAUAUUUUUAUAACCUAAUAUCAGAGAAUAGGUAUGUUAUCCACAUUUGUUUUGGGCUUUAACAUACACCAUUUUGUUCUAUCCAGUAAUACUUUGUUGUCACUGCCUUAGACUGAUGUUUUCAAUGAAGAUUUUUUCUAUAUGUUAAAUGGAGUAUUAUAGACAAAUAUUAGUCUAAAGACCUAGGGUAAGUUAAGUACUAACUAUUGUUGUUAUUAUUAUAACAACUGGAUUGUUGUUGUAAAUUAUUUGAUUGAAUUUAAUAAAACAAGUUUAAGACACUACAUCGUAAGACAUAGCUGUACUUGGUAUGUGUGAUUUGAUUUUUCUAAACUACUUUUUAUAACAAUUUUUGAUUUAUUUUUAAUUAGCUUAUUAUUUUUGUACUAAGCGAUUGUUACAACUAAGUUUGUUUUUAAUAUGUGUAAGUUACAUAUGAGUAAUAGUGUUGAGCAGUAUUUCUAAAAUCAAGUGAUAUAAUUUUAUUGAGGCUUAAUGUUCGAUUGUAACAACUAGUAUGCAUUGUGAAACUAUGUGAAUUUGAAAAGUACUUUAAAAUCGCAAUUUUCUGUCAGUAAGCAUUGAAUGUUGUAUUCGUCUACAAUUUGAAGAGUGUAAUUUAAAUACUUUUCGGUGUAUUUUUUAGAUAUUUAUAUUCAAUCACAGACCGGUGUUUCCAUGAAGUGAUGUACAUACAUACAUAAAGAGUAAUGAUGUUAUAGUGUAAGUUACAUCACCCAUUUCGAAAAUAUGUAAAUAUUGCCCACACAU